AUGCUCGGCCGGACCGCUCUUCUCCUUCUACUGCUUGGCGUCGUCGCCGACGCUGUUCAUGGACCGCCUGGUGAGCCGUUUUGGAAAGGUGUUCAGAGAUCUGAAAGUCGUGUUUUCGGUACAAUGUGAGGUUCCCAGGUUUUUUAUAGAGAUUGUAUCAUUAGCGAAGUGUUUAAAAUGAAAAAAAGUAUCUGACAUCUUCGCCGUCGCUGUUAAGGGACCUGGUGGUGGAUUAUGAAAAAGUGUUCCGUGUUUUGAGAGUUUCGGUAGACUGGCAGUUUUUUUUUGGUAAAGAAAAGAGCCAUUUUAGAUUUUUUUUUUAAAAAUACUUCAGAUGAAGAGUUUCUCGGCAGAUAAUGAAAAUACUGACUUUAUAUUUUGAGAAUUCUGACAUAUUAGCAGUUUUUCACUGAACUCGUGAGUUUUGAAGACUCUCCUCGUUUUUUUUAACUCUGUGUUAUGGCAUUUCGGACGCCUUGACGUGUUUAAAAGGAAUUUGAAAAUUUCAAAGGUUUUAGAAAAUUAAGAGGAGUUGAACAUUUCCUUUCCGUAAUGAGAGACUAUAAAGGAACGGAGAUAGAUAAUCGUUUAAAAGGAAAUUUGAAGCUCCAAAUUAUUUUUUUUCUUCGGUAAUAUAUAUUUUCAAAACAAGAUUUUUAUUCACUGAGAUGCCUGUCGAGAAAAAAAAGAUUCAUUUUUUUCAGAAUCCCUGUGCGCCAAGUGCAAAGAUGGCGAGGUUUGCGUCGUUUCUGAAGGCGAAGUCAAGUGCAUCAACGCCGCCGAUUUCAACAAGUAACUUUCGAAAAAUGGAGAUCAAUAUUUAUUUUGGUUUUCCAGAGAGAAGCACACGCUGAAGGAGCCGGUGAGUGAGAAGGGGCAUGAAAAAUAACCUAAAAAUGGUCUCGAACAAAAAAAAAAGUCAAUUUUACAGUAACUUAGGUUGCUAGCCGGCAGAUUUUCAUUUUUUCUUUGUACUUUUGUAUCUUUUUUUCAUCAAAAUACAAACCAAAAUUUCUGCAAAAAGCUUCAAAAUGAAAAUUUAGUCCAUUUUCGAAGCUUCUUUGGCGCCAAAUUUUUUGCGUAUUGAAAAAUACCCAAUUCGAACUGAUUUUCUAAACCGGAAAUCUACUUUUUCCACGGAAAUCGCAUUGUGUUCAAAACCCAAAAACAACUUCCCACAAUGUAUUCGCCGAAAACCAAACCGACCCCUUUUUUCCGAAAAAGAUUUACGAUUCAUCAUAAAAUCCCGCCAAGUUUGUCAACGCCAAACGGACAAAAAUCCACAAAGCUGUAAAUAACCGCAAGAAAAAGAACCUUUCCAAAAAGCCGCGUCUCCAGGCGGAAAUCAAGAAAGAUUGGGAAGAUUUCGGGCCUAAUUGAUAGUUUAUGCGCCUUUUUGGGACCCUCUUUGUGACGAAAAAUUCCGCCGCCACCCACGUUUUCUUCCAUGGCGAUCAACAACAACCGUAGCCGAAUGAUUCAGAAGGAAAUUCAGUUGAUUAAUGAAAGAAAUAAAAAAUAAUCGGCGAAUAAAUCUUGGAUGUUUCAGCACAACGUUCACGCCAGCCACAUGACUCAUCACUCCCAUGGUGAUCAGGGUUGAGUUUUUGGUAUUAUUUUGAGAGUUUCGAAACUUUUAGAGUACUGGGGAAACAAUUUACUGAAAUGAAUCACGAAAAUAUGACUUUCUGUAUGUUUUCUCUGCUCACAGGUAGAGUCAUUUUACUUCGCACUCGGAAACUUCCUGAAAAUUGGCCAUAACAUUCCUUGAUGUACCAGAAAAAAGAUUCUGAAAGUCUCAACCUGCCCAAAUUCCUAGUUCUCAAGAAAUAAGGGUCUAAAGCCCCAAAUUAAUUAUUUUAAUGAACUUUGAGCGUUUCUUUGAACUUGCAGUGUCUUUUAUAGAAAAGUAGAAAAUUGUGCAGGUUAAGACUUUCAGAAUCGUCUUCUGGUUUAUCAAAAAGUGUUCUAGCCAAUUUUCAAGAAAAUCCCAACCGUAAAGUAAAAUGAGCUCUCUUGUUAGAACUUUACAAUCUUUAAAAGUCCAUCCAAAAAAUCUGUAUUUGGUUUUUUUGAGGCUUAGUUAUUUUCAAGGAAAAAGUAAAUCUAUAUUUUGAAGUUCUGUUGGAGUUCAUUUACAACUUUCACCUGGUCUUAAAUGAGUUUCAGGAGCUCUUGAAACUAGAUUUAAUUUUUUUUUAAUUCAUGGCGUUACUAAAGGCAGAAAAAAAGACACCACCCAACAGACUUUGAUCACAGUAGAGUUUUUCUUUUUUUGAAGUAAAAUAUUCGAUUUGAAACUCUGAAUUCAUUGUAAAGGACAAAAAAACUGAUUGAAAAAUAAUUAUUAUAUUUUUGGAGGCCUCAUUUUCAUAAAAUAUCUCAGAAGAACUUUUUCAGAAUUUUUAUUCAAAAAAAUUUUUUUUCAUCAAAUUUUUUUUCGAGUUUUUUUCAUAGCAGCGCACUUUUUAUUGAACUAUUUGGAAAAAUUCAUCAGUCAGUUGUCAAUUUUGAAAGUUUCAUAGAAGCCAAGAAUAAUUGUUUUCUUUGCUUUUCAGAAUUUCUUUUUCUUCAAGGUAUAUGCAUUUUCAAAAAUAUUUUUCAUCAAACUUUGUUCGAGUUCCCAAAUUUUAAUCUUUUCCUUAAACUUUCUAACUGAAAAAAACACUAAAAAGAUUCAACAAUUUAUUCAUAAAAAAAGAAAAAUUUUACAACAUAUUUUCAAUAGAAAACCCGCAUUGCAAUGAACCCAAUCGAUAAGAGAAUUGAACUGUAUUUACAAAAAUGAAAUCGAUGCUAUAAAUUAUAAGAACGAAGAAGGUUCAGAAUGCUCCAAGGAUGAGCUGAAUCGUCUCGGCGGACGUCUUCUGAAAUGGUUCAAGGACGUGCACGACGUCGUCCCUGGAGAAGACAGAACCCUCAAGUGUUCGUUUUUCUUUUUGAACUUGGAAAGAAGAGGAAAAGGGAGGUAAUAUGAUGGACUAGUAGGAAAAAAGCUUGCUGGGGGGUGAAUGAAGCUUAAGGGGGCACUUGAAUGUUUGAGGCUUUAGGGGCCACUUGGAGAUUUGAAAAAGGAAAAGCUUGAAAAAUCAUUUGUGGCAGUUGAGAAGCAAACUAAGGUAUUCAGGAAACCACUUGAGAAGCUAGAAAACGGGGGGAUCUUAAGAAACCACUUAAGGAAAAAAAUACGGCUUAAAAGAUCAUUUUGAGAGAGCCAAGAGACUACUUUAGUGAUUUGAAGUUUUUUUCAACGAGAGGACUCCAAUAUUCAACUUCCUAAGUGGCUUCUUGAGGAAUGGAAGUAAUAAAAUUCGAAGUGAUCAUUUAAGAGAUUUUCAAAAAUUGGAAAAUUCAAGGACUAAAAAGAAAAAAAGACUGAAAAAAUAGGUUCAUUUUUUUUUAAAGUGAUUCCUUAAGGACUGAAAAAAUCUUAGAAUUAACCGCGAGACUUAAUAAGAGACGAAGAAAGUUUAAGCUCGUGAGGGAUCCCUGAAGUGAUGCCAGGAAAAUCUUUUGACGUCAUCAGAACUUGGCUUGGGCUCCGCCCAUUGUCAGCGCUUCCUGUAAAAAGAUUUUGAACUCGCAAUUUUUGACAUUUAUGAGCUUCGAAAAUCCCUUUCACGACGUCAGAUCGCCGAAAAAGGAGAAAGAAAAGACGCAAGCCGCCAGCCACAAAAUGCAACCGGCGGCCCCGAUUUUACGCUUGGUUUAUCGCUGUCGGUUUCGGUGUAAUGCAGCAAACGGCCCGGCGUUAAUUCCGUUCGAUCAUUUUUAUUUGCCGCCACACGAAAAAAAAAGUCAAUUUUGAACCGGAGAGCAAGAAUUGGCUCACUAGUUGAGUAAAACUUCUAAGCGUAAUUUUUUUUAAGAUCUGGUUUUUUUAAUUUUAGGGGAAGUAUGAGUGGACUAAUGUUUGAAAAAAGUCAAAUUUGUUUCUGAAAUGCAGUUAUAAGCUUAUUUGUUGAAUCAUGCUUAAUUCUGAAAAAUUUUGAUGAUUCUUUUUUUCCCCAAUUUGGGGAAGAACGAGUAAGUAAUUUUUGAAACCUUCUAAUAUUCAAAAAAAAGGCCAAAAUAUUGAAAAAUUGAGAUUUUAAAAAAUGAAGCUUAAAAAAUCACUUAAGAAAGCCAGCUGACUACUUUAGUGGAUUUUUGAAACUCGAGCUGUUUUAAAAAGAGUUUUUUUUUCCUUGAAAGUCAAUCCGAAUUUUCCGUCAACUUCAAAACUUUUGAAGCAGAAAUUCCGAAUAAAAAAUCAGGAAGUGGUAGACUUUUUUUUAAAGACAUUCAGAAAUCGCUAAAAACUUUUCGAAACUUGGUGUAAGCUUUUCUUUUAAGGAAAUGGAACCAAAAAUUAUUUUUGUAACCAAAAAGCGUGGCCAACUGUUUUUAAUUAGAAAAAAAUUCAAUUAGAAAACUUCUUUCUCCUUGAGUUUACCUGAUAAGUAGGCGGCGGCUGAGAAGGUACGACGAAAUAUGGAGGCGGAAGUGUGCCGGUUUCCAUGUCAUGGUGGAGCUCUUCCUCGUGCUGACGGAGGUGUAACCGCCUCAUGUGUCUUUAAAAGUCGAUUAUUGUAUUUUGAAUUCAAAAAUCUCUUUCAAAACUGUAUGAGACUGAUCUGAUGAGUCGACCUGUUCACUCAUGAAAUAGACUGACACUCAGCAAGGUGCAGAAAGAAGAAAUUUUGAUCUACCAAAGCAAAUAUAUGAGAUUUUGGCGCUGGAGAUCAGUUUAUCCUUCUUCAAUUUGAAGCCUUUCUAUUCACGUUCAAAGUACUUUUUUAGAAAAUAUGAUCUUUCUUCUUACAUUUUUCAUCCCAUCCUUUCACAGAACGUCCCUUAAGAAACAUUUUUUAUUAUUUUUGAAAAAUUUGCGAUUGUUGAGGCAAUUUUUUUAUUCAGUAUUUCAAGAAUAAUGUACUCCAUUCACUGUUAGAAUGAAAAUAUAAAGCUUUAAAAAAGACGAUAAUUUUCAUUUGAAGGACCUCAGGAAAUGGCACACGAAUUUCAAUGCCAUUUUCAAAAACACGACGAAUUCCCACACAAAUCUCAGCAGCCUUGAAAAACGGCCGACGUUCGGUGGCCACAAAAAGAGGCCAUUUGUUACCUAACCAUGUCGCCCUAACUCAUUCCGCUCAUUAAGGCUAACCCCUUAUGGGAAACCCCUGCCCGUCAUUAAUUUGCCACCGUCUUUGUGGUUUGAAAAUAGGAGAAAGGCGUCAUUUUAAGUUAUUUUUCAAUUUUUUUUUUGCCGGGGGAAGUCAUAUUUUCAUUGGAAAAAAAAGCAGCAGAGACUCCAUUUUUGCUCACUUAGGAAGUCUUGAGGUGUUUUUUUAAAUAUUGAUUACUUAUUUGGUCCAAACUUCAGUGUUAGGCGGUCCUAGGACAAAAAACUUGAAAAUAGAAAAAAAAAGCGCCAUAGGAUAGUAGAUCACAUCGAAAAAUGGGAAACGUCUAAACGGCUUUUUUUUUAUUUUUGAAACCUAAAAAAAUUUUUUUGUAAGAAGAUAUUGUUAUGAGAAACAAGAUGAAACGCCUUUCGAAAGGAUAUUCUGGAUAGAAGAUCUUUUUUGGCUCAUUUUGACUAUAUUUUUUCAGAUUCCUCAUGUCGCUUAGCUGACGCUUAAAGUUUUUUAGAUUUGCGUUUUUUCUCACAAUCUUCCUCAGUCAUUAGAGAGUUUUUUUCCUAUUAUAACUUUGAUAAAAUCUAUUUUGGAUUGUUCAUAAAUUUCGUGCCAUUUUUCUGACAAAGAACCGAAAUGAAAACUAUGGUGAUCCCCACGAGGGCGUCGGCGUGGAAACAUUAUCUUCGAUUUUAUCGGCCCUUUUAAGUGUGUGUAGUACUGAUUUUUCUUUCAGAUUACAUAUUUCCCAUUAAAGGUCAUACUCUUAAUCGUUUAAGGAAUUUUUACACAAAAAAAUUCAAUUUAGAAAGUCUUAAAGAUUUGAGGAUCCAAAAAAAUUUUUGAAGUUCUACGAGGCUUCCCAACAGAAUUUCCUAUCUAGAAGCAAAAAAAUCUCACGUAUUUUUGUUUAAUAUGAUGUUUAGGAAAUUUUUCAUCUGAGAAUUACUUACAGGAUUUUUUUAAAAAUAUUUAAUAAAUGAAUAAACUUUGUCUACAUAUCAAAUCAUAGAUAAAAAAAGUUUCUAAAAGCUAUUUUCAGGCUCAGAAUAAACUACUUUUUAUGCUUUCUUUUUUUAAAAACAUUUUAAAAGCUUCUCAAAAAUAUUUCUUUCAAUAAUCCAUUUUCAAAAGAAAAAGCAAAACUACCUGGCUAGGAAGAAGAGAAAAAGGAAGAAAAGAAGGCUAGCUGCGGCGCCAUUCGCCAUCGACUGCCGGUACAUUUCCCGUAAUAGCUUCUUUUUUUUUCCUUCUUUUCUUUUCUUUUUGGACUCUCUCCUGUAAUUCUUGAGGUUACGAAACGAAAAAAUGAACGAAAAAAAAAAAAUCGAAAAAGGUAUAGUCUGUUCAUAAGUACACUGGGGCCUUUAAAGGAGCAUAGACGAAAUUUAAAAAAGGUCUCGAGGAGAAGAGCUAUUUUCAGCACAUUUGUUUGGAUUCAAACUUCUGGGCAGAAUUUCGAACCAAUCAUAGGGAGAUAUAUGAAUUUUAUAGCGUGCUUUUUAUUUAAUAAGUUUCAAAAUUUUAAAAAAUGACGAGAUAAGAGAAUUGUAUGAUAUUGGCUCACAAACAAAAAAAGUAAGAAUCAGAAAUCAGUAUUUAUUUUUUUCAAUCAUUUUUUUGAUUAUUUGAUCUGAAUUUCAAAGGAUCAUUGAAUUUCUAGAAAAAAAUCCUAAAACAAUUGGUAAGAUAAUUGAAAAAGAAAUGAGAGACUUUUACAGUAACCUGAGCUUUUUUGAAAAACCAAUCUUCUCAUUUUCUAAUGCUCCAAGGUUGAAAAAUUUGGCUUUUCGUCAGGAUGAUUCGAAACAAACAAAGAACGCCGAAAUUUCUGUUCCUUCUCCUCGAUUGGCAAAAAAAAAAUCCACCCCGAAAGAAAGAAGGAAAUUAAAUUUAAACGUGCGCGUGAGGAAAAUGAGAUGAGAAUUGAGGAGAUUCAAGUUUAAUUAAGGUCAUGUUGAGGCUCAAACAACAGAAAGAAAGUAGAAUAAAAUGGAAAAAUUGGCUUUUUUUAGGGGGAAAAAAAGCUGGAAAUGCGAGAUUUGGUUGAUUUUUUUAAACGAAAAAUUUAAGGUCGGAAGUUCAAAAAGUUUGUUAAAUGAAUCUAUGAAAAAAACUUAAUUUCCGGAAAAAAACUUUCACCACCCCCGCAGAAUUUAAAAAAACUAGAUGCUUAUCUAAAAAGAUUUACGAAAUUGUAUCUGCAAAAUAAAGCUUUUUAGGAAUCCUAAUGCACCUUCCUUCCCAGGAAAAACAAAAAUUAAUUAGCCAGAAAGCCUUAAAAUCUUUUUCCUUUUGAUAAAUAUUUUGACGUGGAGAAGUUUCCCUUAGAGCUUAUGGCUGAAGUCCUGAAAUAUCACUCGAUUUUUUACUAACAAGAAGGGUUUUUGGAAUAAAAACAGAGACAAAGAAGUUUGUAGGAAAAAAAACCAAAAAUUUUUCGAAAUUUCAAAUUUUGUGACAUUUUUUUUUUAGUUCUUCAUAGUGUCCCUCAAUUUUGAGAGAUAAUAGGAACUAAAGUUACCGCUAAAAUAUAAAUAUGGUCGAAUGACAACAAAAUGGGAAAAUGGGAUGAUCGUAGUGGUUUGGAGAAGUAAAAAAGGAUUUUCUGUCAUUUUGGAGAAAUUUAUUGGGCAUAGAACAAUUCUAUUAACUUGAUUUUUUUUCUUCAAAUUUGCCAAAUUUUUUUGGAAGAUUUAGUAAGUGAGAUUGCGCUUUUGUGGAAUUUUCGGAGAAGAAAAAGAUUCUGAAGCUUGAAACUCGACUUCUCUUCGAGUAAAAAUCAUGAUUCAAACGGAAGCAGUUCAAAUUCAUAAAAAAAACAUAAGAAUCAUAAACUUACACACGAGUUGGUUGAAAAAUUUUGAGCCUAGAAGAUAAUUUAGGAGCUUAAAAAAAAGAUUAGGUCGUAUUUUAUCAACAUAACACCAUUUGGGAGCUUGAUAUCUUAACUUUCACUCAAAAACUUUAUUGAUUCAGAAACGGUUCGAAACCGCAGAAAGAAAAAAAGAAUUUGGGAUAAUUAUGAUAGACAGAAAUUCAGAAAAAAAAUCUGAGAAACUCCACUUUGUUUUUUUAAAAGUUAACUUAAUAUUUUUUUAAUCUAAAAAUAUGUUUCAACUAAGAAUUCAAAGGUGUAUCAAAAAAAGGGAAGAGGUGUGGUGUGUGGGCCUCCCGUGGCGAAACGGCCUGAUGGUGGGCGGUCGAUCCGAAAAAGGAGAGAGGAGACGUUAAAGAAGGAGAAAAGAGGAGAAGGAGGAGGACACAAAACCUCCUCCUCCUUCCCCUCACCAACAUUAAAACGACACGAGACGGGGAAAAAAAAAGAGAGAACCUCCUUAUUUUCCUCCAUUGUCACAGUGAACUGUCGAGGUAAACGGUCGUUUCCACAAUGACAAUGAUAUAUAAUAAUAUGGUAACUCGACUUUGAUGGGUACCUCUGAGAGAAGAACGACGGCUUCCUCUGAAUUGAGCUUUUUGUAGAGUUCGGAGUGCUUUAGUUGGUUUCUUUAGGUUUGGAAAGGAUGGUGAAGCUUAAUUAUUAAUGCAAUAAGAAGCGAACAUUUUCAAAAUUCCAAGGAUAUAAAAGGCUCGAAAAACUCACACCUCAAUCAUACGAUAACCGCAAAAAGGUCAAAAUAUAUAAAAAGAAAAGUACAAAAUAAAAGUCUCCAGCACCAUUUUUUUUGUGUAUCGCAAGCCCAUCGGUUCAUUUAUGUGAGUUUCAAAUCAUUAAAAUGCAGUAUUCAAGAAAAAUCAAUUUUUUUAAUCUGUCAUUUUUAAUUUGAAGCUUCUUGUUUGAGCUGUCCAGAACACUUUCUCAAUAUCUUGUCCAAAAUAUGAAUUUAUCUGGCUUAUAAUCCAAUCACAAAAAAGUUUGGAAACGAAUGUCUGGAAUGGAAUGGACAUCGUUAUGUGGCGAGGAAAUCAUCUACGGUUGGAGAAAAAAGAUGAUUUUUCGUUUGAGUUUUAUUAAUUUGAAGCAGUAUUAUAAUUACAGGAAAUUUUAUGAAAUCAAUUCAUGAUAUUCAGAAGAAAAUUUCGAGAUUCCGAUAAACUCUUUGAGCUGUGCAUUUUUCAAAACCGGAUUAAACUUAUGGAGGUCUUGAAUUUUAUGCUGGCAAAUGCUGAAUAAAAAAUGAAAGGGAAGUUGGAUAAUCGGCCCAUUACGCUGACGGUUUAAUUGCCGCAUUGUACCAGUUUUUGUGAAAAUGCGAAUAGUUCGAUAUUGUCGAAAUCACUUUAAAAAAAAAGGUUUACUAGCCUGAAUAAUAAGGGACUUGUUUAAGAAUUUGCUCUUAUUGACAGCCAUCUUCCUUGGACCGAUCGGAACUUUUCUCUUGUUCGAGCCGUCGAUUGAAAAUAAUGCCUGUUAGAAUACCAUUUUCAGUGCACACGAUCGCAUGCCGUCCGGAAGUCGCCUGGAUGUUCCAGCAAUGGGACGGCAACAACGACGGUCACCUUACUAAGGUCCUUUGUUUUUUUUACUAUAGUAGGAUACAGUAACCAUCAAGACUUUAGGCCGAAAUGCGUCCGAUGGAGCGUGGCGGCAACGAGAAGUGCACCGAGCAGCUGAUCGACAUGUGCGGUAGGGUCGAUCCGACGACAUCCAAAAUGACGUCACGAUGACUUCAGAUGACAUCGACGUCAACGGCGUCAUCUCGGUCGACGAAUGGUGCGACUGCUUCUCCUUCUCCGAUGACCACGUCCACGAGCCGCCCUGCCACAAGGCCAAACACGGAGCUGAUCCUCAUCUUCUAGGUUUGGAAAUUAAUUCAAGGGGGCUCGGAAAAGCUGUCCGGAAUGAAAUCUAACAUCAACUCUCAAUUGACGUCAGAGUGGUCCAUAUAGGGGUUAAAUAAUACAGCCCUAUAGGGGACAAAAUUUAUCCACCCAUUAGGAUAAAAUUUAGGGGUCUAUAGGGGUUUAGGGUCGUUAAACUUUUUUCGAUUGACCAAUUUUUUUUUAAAUUCAGCAUCAAAGUGAUUUAUCUCAAUGAAUAUUGAUAGAAAAAAACGUGAAAAAUGUAAUAUUUUUUUAUUGUGAAUUGUUUGGUAAAAUAAAUGCAUAGGCAAAGUCGGAAAGGGUGAAAAAAGCUCCAUAGAAAUGUUCCUGUUUGCUGCCUUUUUGCGCCAUUUUUUAGGCCCUUUUGUACCCUUUUUGCUGCCUCUCCCUUUUUCCACCAUUACUUGAGCUUUUAAAAUCGAAGAAAAAAUGGAAGGCUCAGUAAAGGAACUCUUUUCGCCGCCUUUUUUGAGCCUCUCCCCUUUUAGCGGCCAUUGACCAAGCCGAAUUUGCCCUAGUGGUUCAAAAACUGGCGGUUUUGUUUCAGGUAUGAGAAGAAGUCUAAAAAGCACUUUCAUUAUUUUUCUGCUUCAAACUUUAAGAUUUUUUAAGAUUGUAGAAACUUUAAGAUUGAACCAUAUGCUUCAUUUGUCCUUGACACCUUGAGGACAUAAUAAAAUUCGAAUAAAAGAUAAACUCGUGGAAUUUCAUCGGCGAGGGGAUUACCACGGCGGCCAGACAAAUUCGAAGUGACAUUUGUAGUUGUUGUUGUUUGUUGGGGGCACCCGCGGACAUCCCGCUGAUCAUCGUCGCUCGAUUGAAGAGGAUUUGAACUUUCUGAGCGUUUCAGGUUAAGUAGAUUCUUUGGGAGACAACGGCUUGCAUAUUUUUUGGAUUGAAGGAAUUUUUCAAUUCUUCACGUACGAAACUAAUUCUGAACUCGGUUCAAAAAGAAUAUUUUUGAAAACUUACUGAAUUUGAAUUUUUUGAUUUUUUGGGUUUUUUUUUUCUGUAUCUACGGAAUGAACAAGUCUGUUUUUUUUCAAGGACUUUAUCCGUUUUUUAAAAAUCUUAAAAUCUUUUUUAUCUAAAUACAUUUCGAAUUUUGAUGCUACCUGUCGAGCGCAGGUGUUGAUGAAAUUUUCAAAAACUUUUUUUCUGGUUUUUUGAAAAAAUGCCAGUUCAACGGCUCACUUGGGGCGCUGAGGGGGCGUGGCGUGUCUGCGCUUUCCACCAACCAGGCAAUAUCUCUUUUAUUCUCUUUUAUUAUCGUGUCAGGACCCUUUUUUUGAUGGCUCAAGCCAGUCGUGAAUCAGCUAUAUACAGAAGAAUUUAUUAUCUGAAACUUUGAAGUAAAAGAAGAAUUUUGCAGGUGUGUACAUCCCCCGCUGCGACCUGGAAGGCUUCUACAAGCCGGAGCAGUGCCACGACGGGGCCUGCUGGUGCGUCGACCGAUUCGGCCGCGAAUUCGACAAAUCCCGUGUCGCCAACCAGCUGCCCGACUGCGGACAGUACGGUGGGUGGUUAACAAUGGAGAAAGGACUGUCUGAACUUUGAAUGCUUUCUUACCGUCACAGUACUGUCCACACGACAGAUUGGUCGCUAGAGGGGCAACCUUAGACUCUUAGGUUCUCCUCAAUGAACUUUCAUUCCCUAGCCCCUUUAGUGACCACUCUGGCAUUCCUAAGUGAAGAAUGCUUCAUUCUCCACUACUUGAACACUUAACCUGUCUACGUCUUCUUUCUCUCCCCUUCGAAGUCAUAGAAAAAUAAAAAUAGUGUGUCAAUAAGGGAGAGCAGAGAAAUCAGACAUUACGGAAAACUUUCUAUAUAGCCUGGACUUGAUUGAAAACUUUCCCAAAUAAAAUGAGUUUCAAUACCGUUCAAAUUAAUUUUUUCCAGCCUCCGACAUGACCGAAGAGGACAUCGCCACGUUGAAGGCUCGUCUUUAA